AUGACUACACGAACGUACGUACCGCCUCAUGACGGCUGGUCAUAUUUUGUGUUCUAUCAUCUUUUCCAUCGAGACAAAACACCGUCAUGGAAUCAUCUUCACUUCCUUCGACUUUACUGA